UACACACGUGAAUUGUGGACAAUAUUUUAUGUGCGAAGUAUGUAGUAAAUUGUAUUGUAAGUGUGAAAGUUUAGUGCAAAAUGAGGCGUCUUGGCCAACUCAUUUAUGACUGUGGUGAAAGUGUGUGCAAUAGAUUGCGAUGGUUUUUAAAACUGAUAUGUUGCUGUUGUGGCAACAAAGUAUCCUCAGUCUCCGAGACGCGUUUCAUCGAGGUGGGCGCGGUUGAACACCACGACAAGAAGAAGCACAACAAGAUCAAGACUUCCAAGUACACGCUCCUCAUGUUCCUCCCGAAGAACCUCACCGAGCAGUUCCGGAGGGUCGUCAACUUCUACUUCCUUAUUGUCACCGUCAUCGCCUUCAUUAUAGAUAGUCCAGUAUCACCGUUGACAAGCGUGGCUCCCCUCAGCUUCAUGGUGAUGGUGACAGCGGUGAAGCAAGGAUACGAGGACUGGCUGCGACAUAAAGCUGACAAGAAAGUCAACAACCAGAUUGUUGAGAUACUCCACAAAGGAGUUAUAAAAGAAGUCAAAAACUCCACUAUAGCACCAGGGACAUUAGUUCGUGUGAAGCGAGGGAAGGCUGUACCAGCAGACUUAGUGCUGUUAUGUUCUGCUGGGGAGAAGGGAAGAUGCCACAUCACCACUGCCAAUCUGGACGGGGAGACCAACUUGAAAACAUUGAGGGUACCACCGCCCUUGGUAGGGUAUACUCCAGAUAUCCUGCCCCAAGGGAUGAAGAUAGAAGUACCUCAUCCUGUAGCAGAUUUGUAUACGUUCUAUGGACGCAUAGAGAUACCUGGACAUGACAGCUUGGCCCUUACAACAGACAAUCUAAUGCUACGAGGCUCUAGGGUGAAGAAUACGGAAUGGGCUAUAGGGUGUGCUAUUUAUACUGGUGAAGAAACAAAAUUAGCUUUAAAUUCCAAGUAUACAAGCAACAAGUUCUCGUCAUGCGAGUUGGCCGUUAACGGAUUCUUGGUCUGUUUCAUACUAAUCCUAAUCCUAGAGAUGGUAUUCUCUCUAUUAGCCAAGAUGUUCCUCGAGAGACGACUACCUGGCCACCAACAAUACAUGGGCGAAAAUUCUACUGCCGUCACCUUUAGGAGCAUAGCACAAGACCUAUUCUCCUUCCUUCUUCUUUACUACUACAUCAUCCCCAUGUCUCUUUACGUCACUAUUGAACUGUACAAGUUUAUUGGUGCCCUCUUCAUCGGAUGGGAUGAAGAUCUUCGUUGCGAAGAGACCGGUCACCCAGCGGUCGCCAACACGUCAGACCUCAACGAGGAACUGGGUCAAGUAGAGGUUCUGUUCUCGGACAAGACUGGAACUCUGACCAAGAACCUGAUGGUAUUCAAAACUUGCUCCAUCCGAGGCAUGGUGUAUGAAGUAAGGGAAGGUGGACUGUACAAUGUGGAGAUGCCUCAACAGCCGUUGGACACUGGUCAGACAGAUAUCAAAUUUUUCUUCACGAUCCUCGCUCUGUGCCAUUCCGUUCAGAUCUCGAAUGAGGACAUGAAGCGACUCAGCGCCCGGUUGUCCAUAAGCAACGGUCAGUUCAUAAGCUUUUUCAAAAGGAAAAAAGGAAAUAAGAACACAGCAAAUGGUAAUGGCGGCGUCAUAGAUAAUGAGACGUGGAACAAGAUUAUAAAAGAGAAUGGGAGUCACAUGGAUUAUCAGGCAAGCAGCCCUGACGAGAAGGCGUUGGUUGAAGCAGCAGACAGCGUGGGGGUCACCUUCCUAGGGGAAGAGGGCAACAACCUGCUUCUAAAGAUUGGAGAACAGACAGAAAUGUAUGAGAGACUCCAGCUUGUAGAAUUUACCUCGGAGAGGAAACGCAUGUCUGUGAUAGUGAGAGAUAAGGAUGGACGGAUAUGGCUGUUCUGCAAAGGCGCCGAAAGUUCAGUGUUCCCGCUAUGUAAAAACAAUGCUAUGGUCGACAUGACUGAGAGAGAUAUAGAUAUAUUCGCCAGAAAGGGUCUCCGGACCCUCGCCGUAGCGUAUAGACACGUACCUGAUGAAGAAUAUGAAAGAAUCGGUGAAGCAAUAAGGAAGAUCGACGGAAGGAACGCAGAAGCGUUACAACAAGUGACACAACAAUACAGGGUGUUAGAGCGAGAGUUGACCCUGGUUGGAGCGACGGGAGUCGAGGACUGUCUACAGGAUGACGUUGCUGACACACUGGCGUCGUUGCGACGAGCUGGAGUCAAAACUUGGGUGCUCACUGGGGAUAAGGUAGAAACAGCAAUAAACGUAGCAAAAUCUUGCUCUCACAUAUCUGAAAACGAUCGUCAGAUGUUGCUUCAAGGCGUGGUGGAUGACGAAGCAUUGAAAGCUCACUUUAUAGAAUUCCAAAGGAUAGUCCAUGAAACGAGUUACAGAGAUCUGACUCUAAUAGUAGAUGGUACCACGAUGAGUAGCAUACUAGACACGAGACAUGCUCCCGUAUUUGUUGAUAUUUCAUUGAAGUGUCACGCAGUUUUAUGUUGCAGGUUGUCGCCUAUACAAAAAGCUGAGAUAGUGAAAUUAAUAAAGCAUAGUCCAGGACGUCCGAUCACCGCAGCCAUUGGAGACGGAGCCAACGAUAUAUCUAUGAUACAAGAAGCGCAUGUCGGCUUCGGGAUAUAUGGCAAGGAGGGCCAUCAGGCUGCCAGAUCAGCAGAUUUCGCCUUCACAAAAUUUUCUAUGAUAAAGAAAGUUUUGCUAGUUCUGGGCCAUUGGUAUUACCAGCGACUGGCCACGCUGAUCCAUUACUUCUUCUACAAGAAUCUUGUCCUUGGAAAUCUCAUGGUAUUCUUCCAAUUCCACAAUCUGUUCUCGACACAGUCGAUAUUCGACUCUAUGUAUUUGACGUUCUACAAUUUGUUUUUCACUUCACUGCCUUGCCUGAUCCUCAGCGUGACGGAGCAGCGGUGGCCGAUGCAUUUGUUGCACACAAAUCCCACCCUAUACAGAGAAAACUAUAGAAACAAGUUGAUGACGUGGCCACCAUUCCUCGUAUGGUGUCUGUCAGCGUUAUACCACUCAGUAAUUAUUUACGUAUUCGCGUGGUUAUUAAUAAGUAAUUCCGUGAUCAACAGAGAUGCGAAGACUGUGGAUCUGUGGUGUUUCGGCGCGAUACUGUUCCACAUGUUGGUGGUGAUCACCAACUUGAAGUUGUGGCUGCAGGCGCGCUACCACACGCUCAUCUUCAUCCUGUCCAUUUUCGGUUCAAUCCUCUUAUAUAUCCUCUUCAACGCCGUCUAUUCUCUGUUGUACUUACAAAUCGACGGCGACGUUCUCGGGACGUACACUCGACUACUAAUGUCCCUACCGUUUGCUCUGCUGAACAUUAUAAUAAUAGUGGGUACUCUGUUACCAGAUUACUGCGUACGCUACUUCUCAGACAAGCAGGGUCGAAUGUGCAUCAAUAUGGGCGAGAAAUUGAGAAAAGUAUUUACUACUAGAUUAUAGAUCUAGGAUAGGUAGAUUUAUUUCUUGAAGGCAAUCGGCUAUGUACCCAAAGUACUCAAAGAAAAGAGUUCAAACUCGCAUAAUUCUUAUAGCUGAAAUGGUAAAGUCCUAAAGCUGGAUCUGCAUUCGCUCAUGUCACGUAAGAGCCUGUCCAGAUGAGGCUUUUUACGCGCGUUGUCAUACCACAGAGUACUUAACAUCGUACGGAUACAGAUGUACAUCUGCAAGCAUGCAUGAAUCUAUAAAGUAAUCAAAUUACUCUGUGGUAUGAAAACGCGAGUAAAUCGCGCCUUCUGAACAAGGUCUAAUUCGCGCCUUUUUUUGCGCGAAGAAAACGGAGUCCUCUAUACUAGCAAAAUGUUCAUCAUCGAAUCCUUUAUCACGCUCAUGGAACGAAAAGCCGAAACUGAUUGAACUUUUUUAGUGUGAGACAUAUGUUGUAACUAAGCGAUAAAAUAGAUAAAGUAUUUACAUGUACUUGUAGCACGUGAAGCGAUGAGGGUAGGCCUGCCAAACCCGGGUAGUAGUACUUAGAUAGGUAUAUAUCCUGAUGUUUAUGUAACAAAGACCAAGUAUGUAAUGAUUAUGAAACUUGUUUUGAAAGUUUUUUAUGUUUUGGGAUGAGGUGAUAACGGCGCUUUGUAAAUAACAGAGAAUAACAAGCUAGUCAUAGUACCUUAAAAUAUAAAAAUAUUUGUAUUUAAAUUAUUUUUAUUUUUAAUGAAACAUCCUUGGGGUAGCCUGAAUCCUAACUCCUUCUAAGACAAGUUGCAAUAAAGAAAUGUUUGUUUUGUUCUGCUUAUACCCUGUUAGGAAUAUAAUGGGGAAAUGGGACAAAAAGCUAAUAUAUUACUUAAUGAAUAGGCAAAAUAUAAAUGGGUAGGGUACCUACCUACCUACUUAAUAUAUUUUUUUAUUGUUACGAUGCCUGACCGCCAGUAAACUCUUCAAAAAGAAAAAUGUAAGUAACUCUACUAAGUAAUCUAAGAAGAAAAAGCGGUUUAACUUCCCUUCCGGUUGAUCGAGGGGAGGCCUGAGUGUGACUAGUAUAGUGGGAAUGUAGGUAUAUACAUA